GCUCAGUAAAUCUCAAGCUGCAACCAACAGAUCCUUUAAUCGGAGUGGCUCUGGACCAAACUAAGGAUGCUUCAGUAGAUAAACACAUCCACAUGUUGCACCUUGGUCAGAGUUUUAAAAUAGAGUAUUGGCGGCGGCAGUUGUAAACUCAAGCGUUAUGGCUCAAUUUGGCUACACAGAUGAAAACAACCACUGUUGGAGCAGCAACAUUAUCGCUAAUCUACACUCCUACUUUGGAGAUAGUCAUCCAGUGAAUCAUUUGAUUUCACAAACACAAACCGUAAAGACAGGAGAGCAGCUGGACACUGGAGGCCUUGAUAGGAGCGUGGAUUCCCUGAACCUGCUUGAGGAUUGCAGUCCUCCUAUAGACUUAUCUUCAGCUCUCAGGUCGGUGGCUUUUACGCGGACAAGGGGUUUGAGAAAGCAUUCCCCUGUGCCCAAGCCCUGGUCACUACCUAGACUUGAGGAAUGUCCAGUUUUAUCUCCAUUAGAUGAUCAGGAAAAACCUGCAGAAGGGGCAGCAGACACAGCUGAGGAGGAAGUGCCGAGUGUACCAUUCCAGUCAAAGUACAUUCAUUUGUUCCCACUGUAUCAGGACUACUGUGUAGGCCUACAGGCGAUAACGCACGGUCUGCGCAGGCUGAGCACGAGUUGUGUGUCUGAACUGAUAAGCCCCCAUGGUCCGCAGCGCCGUCACUUCGGCUAUGAGGUUACAUCGCCGCCAUUAAACUCUACUGAAGCGACCUCAUCCUCCCCUCCAUCUCAUCCAGUCAGGGUGACUCUGUGUACUCUUUGGCAAGAUCUAGAACAGGUGAAGGCGUCUGGCUUGCUCAGCAGCCUGACAACCAGAGAGAUUCGCCUUCAGGAGUCGACGUUUGAGUUGAUCGGCUCAGAAGCGUCCUACCUAAGGAGCCUUGGACUUGCAGUCAAUCACUUCUAUGCAUCAAAGGCACUGGAACGGACUCUGAAUCAAAGGGAGCAUCACAUUUUGUUUUCCAACAUUCGUCAUGUGAUGGCAGCCAGUGAAAAGUUUCUUGUGGAUCUGGAAAUUCGACUGGGAAAGAGUGUGUUGAUAUCUCAGGUUGGAGACAUUGUGCUUCAGCACUGCCCUGAGUUUCACCGCCUCUAUGUGCCAUAUGUGACAAGCAUGAUGUACCAAGAGACGCUUUUCAACCAGCUACUUCAGCAUAACAGGGACUUUCUGUCUAAAAUCAAGAAGCUUGAGCGUGACCCGGUGUGUCAAAGACAGAGCCUGAAGUCAUUCCUUGUCCUUCCCUUCCAGAGAAUUACUCGUAUUAAACUCAUCCUAGAGAGCAUCCUAAAACUGACUGACCCAGGCUCUGCCUCAAUUUCAAAUCUCGAAAAAGCAAUUGAAGCCAUCCAUGAGGUAGUGACAGAGUGUGACAAGCGGGUCAGAAAAAUGAAAGAAAUCGAGGAGCUGGUCUGCCUGGAAAUGCUGCUGGAUUUUGGCAAAGUUAAGUCAGUCCCUCUGAUCGUGAGCGGGCGUUUUUUGGUGCACCAGGGACCCAUGAGACAGCUGACUGUGGCCGCUUGCAACUCGAGAGUAACAUUCGUCAGAGUCUACCUCCACCUUUUCAAUGACUUUUUGAUCAUCUCCUCGAAAAAGGACCAGAGGUUCACAGUUGUGGAUCAUGCUGAACGUGUGCACGUUGAGCAUCUGAAGACUGAGAUCCUGGGUCUACCCCCAGACUCCUUCCUGUUGCAUCUCUCUCAAAGUCACACCGGACAGCCAACCGCCAUGAUACUUGCUGCACACACAAGGUCAGAUAAAGAGGCGUGGAUGAAGGAGCUUUCGUCAAAGCAGUGAUGGAAACAUUAUUGUGCAAGAUUAUUUUUGAUUUUAUAAUUCAAACUUUGCACAUUACUAAUGUAUACAUCUUGAUAAUUGAAAGAAUUUGAAUGUAAAUUUGGUUCACUCUUAAAAUGUAUUUUAACUUGACUGCACUUGAUAAGACAUGAAGGGUUCAAACAUUCACUGAAUGUCACAAUUAGACACACAGCCUGAAGGUGUCUUUUUAAUUACUGGGAAUAGAUUAUUUUAUUUAUUUUUUUUCCUUUUCACUUGUAUUAAAAUGCUGGACUCUUCUAAGCAAUGUGCACUUUA